UGGCAAGUGAGCGAUGUGACCAAGACUGAAGUGCGAGGUAAGAAUUACUUGAAGGAUAAGCAAAAGAUUCCAUCAGCUGCUUCCGCUUUCAACUUGGUCAGCGUACACGGGUUUACAUCAGCAGACAAGAUAAGGUUUGCUACAAAGGAUCAGAGGCUACAGAAGUGGCCGCGUACAUUGAUCCCUGGGACGAAUAGACCGAAGUUCAUGUUCGUGAUGCAUUUCGAUGUCGAGCCACAGCACCUGAUCCUUGCGUUUGAAUUGAACGAGGAGGUCUUGGAGACAGACAAGCCAUUUGCGAGGACCUGGAAGAGAUUUUUAGAGGGCAAUGAUGCUUACAAGUCAGAAAGGGUGAAGUUGAUCACUUCGUUGGUUCAAGCAAACUGGGUGGUACGCAAAGCCGUGGGGAAGCCAGUGCCUGCAAUCCUAGGAAACAAGCUGACAACUAGUUUCUAUCAAACUGACGAUCUGCUGGAAGCCACCUGCGACGUCACAUCAUCAGUGUUUGCACGUGCGAUCCUGAGCGUGAUUCGAAGGGCUUGCAAGGACAUUGUGUGUGACCUGUUGAUAUGGAUUGAGAGCAGAGAGGAGGACGAGCUUCCAGAGAGAAUAUUCGGGGGUGUGAGG